AUGCACUACAAGCUGCUUUUCGCUGCUGCCGCGGCAUCCCUGGCCAGCGCUGUCAGUGCCGCUGGCGUUGUAGGCGCCGCCGAGGGUUUUGCUCAUGGCGUCACUGGCGGUGGCAGCGCUUCCCCCGUCUAUCCCACGACUACUGAUGAGCUGGUCUCUUACCUAGGAGAUAAUGAGCCUCGUGUGAUUAUCCUGGACAGAACCUUCGACUUUACCGGCACCGAGGGUACCGAGACUACCACCGGAUGUGCCCCCUGGGGAACUGCUUCCCAAUGCCAGGUGGCGAUCAACCUGCACAGCUGGUGCGACAACUACCAGGCCAGCGCCCCCAAGGUAUCCGUGACUUAUGACAAGGCCGGUAUCCUCCCCAUCACGGUCAACUCCAACAAGAGUAUCGUUGGACAGGGCACCAAGGGUGUCAUCAAGGGCAAGGGUCUCCGCGUGGUCAGCGGCGCCAAGAACGUCAUUAUCCAGAACAUUGCCGUCACCGACAUCAACCCCAAGUAUGUCUGGGGUGGUGAUGCCAUCACUGUCGAUGACUCUGAUCUGGUCUGGAUCGACCACGUGACAACUGCUCGCAUUGGUCGCCAGCACAUCGUCCUGGGCACCAGCGCCGACAACCGCGUCACCAUCUCCUACUCUCUCAUCGAUGGUCGUUCCGACUACUCUGCCACCUGCAACGGUCAACACUACUGGGGCGUGUACCUGGACGGCAGCAACGACAUGGUGACCCUCAAGGGCAACUACUUCUACAACCUGAGCGGCCGCAUGCCCAAGGUCCAGGGUAACACUCUGCUGCACGCCGUGAACAACCUCUUCCACAACUUCGAUGGCCACGCCUUCGAGAUCGGCACUGGUGGCUACGUCCUGGCCGAGGGUAAUGUCUUCCAGGACGUCAACACUGUGGUAGAGACCCCCAUCAGCGGCCAGCUCUUCAGCUCCCCGGACGCCAACACCAACCAGCAGUGUGCCUCCGUCUUCGGCCGCUCCUGCCAGCUCAACGCCUUCGGUAACUCCGGCUCCAUGUCCGGAUCUGACACUAGCAUCAUCAGCAAGUUCGCUGGCAAGACCAUUGCGACGGCUCACCCCCCGGGUAACAUUGCCCAGUGGACCAUGAAGAAUGCUGGCCAGGGAAAAUAA